AUGCAGACUGUGUCACUUCUCUGUGCGUGCGGGUGUCCGUGCACUGCUCAGGUUCAGAUUGGGCCGCCAGAGGGGCUGAUUCGCUUCGCCUUGCCCGGUGGUGACGCGGUCGAAGUCUGCAAGGUUGCCCUUGCCCAGCGGGCGUCCUUCUUCGCUCCUUUGGCUGAUGAGUGUGGAGAGGCCGUUUACAGUCAAAAUGAGCCGCCCUCGGUAUCAGGGUUGCUCCCUCACCGAGUCGUCCCAUUUGUUUUUUUGACUGAUUCGUUCAUCAGUUGCAUUUUAAGCUUUGGGCCAGUGUGCUCAUCCCGCAAGCAAUGUUCACGAAGAUGUCGAUGCACAUUUUCACUCACCGUCCGGGUUGGGUCACUGUGCAUGCCCGCCAAGCAUACGCCCAGCUCCUAG